GCGCGUCAGUUUUCCGUCGACUGAAUAAAACAUCGGCAGCGCCUCCCUCGCGCAGUGGUUUACAAGGAGCGCGGGUCCUGCGCGCGCGACUCCCUACUCGUGAGCAAGUGGCGCGCUAAAUAGAACGCGCUCAGUGCUGUGCUGUUGUGUCGUGUUGUGUCGAUAAAUUGGAAUUUUAUUUUUUGUUUUUUAAAAAUGAGGAAUUUGCACCCCGCGCCGAUAUUGGCGACGGCAACAUGGGUACUCUUCGCCCUCCUGCUUCCGACAGACACACAGAUCCUCAAUCCAGUCUCCUCGUUCAUGAACUUCCUGAACGAAGGCACCAGGCAACUCGAUAACGAACCACCCGAUCACAGUAACAUGUUGACUGAAUACGACUUCAUCAUCGUUGGAGCAGGGACCGCAGGAUGCGUACUCGCUAAUCGAUUAACUGAAAUUCCAGAAUGGAAAGUCCUCCUCAUAGAGGCUGGAGCAAACGAAAAUUAUGUCAUGGAUAUUCCAAUUGUAGCCAACUAUCUUCAAUUCACUUCAGCUAACUGGGCUUACAAAACAAUGCCAUCCAGUAAAUAUUGUGCAGGAUUUGAGAACCAACAGUGUAAUUGGCCACGAGGAAAAGUAGUCGGAGGAUCUAGUGUACUAAAUUAUAUGAUAUACACACGUGGAGCUAAACCAGACUAUGACAGUUGGGAAGCAAUGGGAAAUGAAGGUUGGGGGUGGGACGACGUACUCCCAUAUUUCAAGAAAAUUGAAAACUUCAACAUUCCAUCAUUUGAUGACGAAAAGUAUCACGGAUACAGCGGACAUCUAAAUGUAGAGCAUGCUCCAUUUCGUACUAGCAAGGGCAAAGCUUGGGUUAAAGCAGCUCAAGAAAUGGGUUUUAAAUAUGGAGAUUAUAAUGGAGCCUCACCCGCGGGGGUGUCUUUUCUCCAACUUUCAAUGAAAAAUGGAACUCGUCAUAGCGCUAGCCGAGCUUAUCUUCACCCGGUCAGCAGUAGAAAUAAUCUUCAUGUAUCUAAAAAUAGCAUGGUGACUAAACUUAUCUUUGAUGAUUCGAAUACUAAAGUUAUCGGCGUUGAAUUUGAAAAAAAUAAUAAGAAAUUCAAGGUGCUAGCCAAGAAAGAGGUAAUUUUAAGUGCCGGAGCUAUAAAUUCCCCACAACUGUUGAUGUUGUCAGGUAUUGGACCUAAAAACCAUUUGGAGUCUAUGAGAAUCAACGUUGUGAAAGAUUUACCUGUCGGAUACAAUUUAAUGGAUCACAUAGCAGCCGGUGGACUUCAAUUUGUAGUUAGACAACAAAAUCUAACUCUUUCAACUGAAUAUAUACUCAACCAUUUAGACUUAGUUUUUAAGUGGAUGAGAUCACACAAAGGUCCGCUUUCAAUCCCUGGCGGAUGUGAAGCUCUAGUAUUUUUGGAUUUAAAAGACAAGUUUAAUACUACGGCUUGGCCGGACAUGGAACUGCUCUUUAUUACUGGGGGAUUGAAUUCAGAUCCACUGCUGCCCCGAAAUUUCGGCUUCGACAAUCAAAUCUACAGCGACACCUACGGACCCUUGGGCAAAUCCGAUGCCUUUAUGGUAUUCCCAAUGUUAAUGCGUCCAAAAUCAAAGGGAAGAGUUAUGCUGCGAAAUAAAAACCCGAAAGCACAUCCAGCUCUCUAUCCGAACUAUUUCGAAUAUCCCGAAGACUUGCAAAAAAUUGUGGAAGGUAUAAAAUUGUCUGUAGAAAUAGCAAGACAACCUGCCAUGAAAAAGAUUGGUGCCAAGCUGUAUGAUGUACCGAUAGAAGACUGUUUGAAACAUGGACCGUUCGGCAGCGAUGCUUACUUUGCAUGUCAAGCACAGAUGUUCACCUUUACCAUUUACCAUCAAAGUGGAACUUGUAAGAUGGGAGUGGAGAGUGAUCCUUCGGCGGUAGUGAGCCCAAGGUUAAAAGUGCAUGGUAUUGAUGGCAUUAGAGUAAUUGACGCGAGUGUAAUGCCAGAGAUAGUAUCAAGUCACACGAACGCUCCCGUGUAUAUGAUCGCUGAAAAAGGAGCCGACAUGAUCAAGAGUGAUUGGGGAAAACUAUGAUAGUAUAUUCCUCCUAUACUUUAAUUUAUAAAGCACAGCUGUGAUGUAUUUUAACGCUUAAUUAAUAAUUUGACAUUUAUAGUUUCUUAAAGACAAAUAAGUCCAUUUUAGGAAAAAAAAGACUCUAAAUUUAAUAACUAAUUUAUCGGAUUUACUUAAUGUUGUGUUGUGUUUUUAUUUCCUAAAGGACUGGUUUGGACUUACAUCAACUAAUGACGAACAUAGAUGUUAAUAUUUUUCAAAUAUCAUUUAUAUUGAUGCAAUAUUUAUGUUAAAAUAAGUCCUAGAAUUACACUACCUCAUAUGCACGUAUUUUACGCUCCAACGUAAUAAAUCUAAUCAGUUAUAAUCUUACAAAUAAAUAUACGUAAUAAAAUUGGUUUGUAAUAGUUUUAUAUAAUUAACGUUUUAUUGCAAUUGAAAUUACAUUAUUUACAAAGAUAUUUCAAAUGUAACUGAUUAGAAUACACUGUUCCCGACUG